AUGCUUUCGAAUGUCCAGGUAAAGAAGGAGAGGUCGAACCUGGUCCGAGCAGGGCACCCGAUCAACGGCACGACGGCCGUGUUCGCCACCACAGCGGCGAGGCCAGCAACGAAACCUGUUCCGGCGACCCCAAGAUCACGGCAGUUCACAACUCCGCCCGUGAGCCCGUACUAUUCGCCCAGAAGGAAAGAAGAUACAUUUCCUUCGCGCUCCAACAACAACGGGGACGGCAACUCGUUGGCGUCUGGGGCGGCCUGGUCCUCCUUCGACAAUGGGGAUGGUAGUAGCGUCGGUGGGAACAACGCAAGCUCAAGCAUCAGGUCUGCGGCGGGGAUUGGAAACCCGGUGUUGGAGGCGGAGGCCUACCGGCUUGAGGCGCUGAGGAGACGCCGGUUUGUGGAGCUACAGCAGAUGCUGACUUUCGAGCUCCGAGGCCUGGCGCGAGAGAAGCGCGAUCGACAACUGGCGGAGAAGGCCCGCACCAGAGAGGCCACGGCGGAGAGGAAGAGGGCAAAGAUGUUCGAGGCUGCCGACCGGGCCCGCCUGGCGCGAGAGCGGUCGUGGCAGGACAGGGAGAAGGUCGCAGAGAGGGAGGCCGCAGCCAGGAGGGUGGCAGAGGACGAGGCCGCAAGGCGGUUCGAUGAGCAGGACCGCCUGAGGCGCACGCAGGCCAAGCUGGCCGCGGAGCGGAGGGCGAGGCUGGCGGCACAGAAGGCCGCCCUGCUGCAAGGGCGCAUCGACCGGGGCGCGCGCGUUCGGAGGGCGAGGCAGCUACGGACCGAGAGGCUCGCCGCCCAGAAGGCCGCCGAGAGGGAUGCCGCCGCCGAAACCGCAAAAAGCACCACCGUCACCCCCCACUCCGACUGCUUGGUGGACGAAAAACGCGACACGAAAAAAACACGCAGAGCUCGGGAAUCCGAGCACGAGGCGAAGAAGGCCGCCGCUGCCGAAAGAUGGGCCGCCGCCCGGGCCGGAGUAGAGGAGGCGCGGCGGCGGCGGGACGCCGCUACGAAGACGUUGCAAGAGAAGGCCGGGGGGCAGACCGCCGCUCUGGAGGACCGGGAAAUAGAGGAGAGAGAGCGCGAGCUGCGCGAAGAGGAGGCCGCGGAGCUGAACCGAGCGAGGCAUGAGGCCGCCCGCCGAAAGAUCGAGGGGGACGCCAAGCGAAAGGCGGACGAGAUCGAGGGCAAGGUGCUGAGGGAGGAGAGGAUCGCGCAGCAGCGAGAGGUCAAGAAAGAGCGGGAAGCUGCCAGGAGAAAGGCAGAGAUGAGGGAGAGGGAGGAGCUGCGGGAGAGGAUGAUGGAGCGGAAGGCCAAGACUGACAAAGAGAGACGCGAGGCUAUUCGGUUGAAGCUGGAGCAAGACGACGCCAAGGUGGAACUCCUCCGGCUAGAGAAGGAGCGCCUCCAGGCUACGAGGGGGAAGCUAUCUUCGGAAAUGACAAAGCAAUGGAAGAUGCUGCAGGGGCACUUCGAAGCGCUAAAGGACCACUCCAACGGGCACAGCAUCAGCUAUGGCGAGCUCGCCGCGGCGGUGACCGCAGCCGGAGUGGGCACCGCUGCCGCCGCACCCACAGCCACCGCCGCCGCCGCCGCCGCUGCCGAGCCAGGAGGAGACAGGAACCGCCUCCGCGGCUCCGACCCCGCCGCCGUCGCCGCACGCCGCCCGAAUGCCACCACUCCCCGCGCCGUGCGACCCUCCGGACCUCAUCAUUGCGCCGACAUGUCCGUCGCCCGUGGCGGUGGUGCUGAUUCUCUGUCUCCUGCCGCUCAUUCCGGUUCUCCGCGCUUUCCUCCUCCCGCCCAAAACGACAUCAUAACCGGGGCCCGUGCCCGGGCAGCCCCUCGUCCACCGCCGGGGCCGACAAGCUCCGCCUCGGUGGCAAGCAUCACGAGUUCGUUGUCGCUGCUAGUCCGGGACGGGUCUCACGGCGGCGGUGGCGGUGGAAUGACGCCUCCGCUGACGGCUAGAGCGACGGCCCACCGCAGGAUCUCCCCUAGAAAGCCCAGCACAAGCGCCGGUGACAGGCGGGGGGGUAGCGGUCGCGGCAGCGGCGACCAGCGGGGGGCUAGGGUGGACAAUCCGGCUGCCGCCGGCCUUCGCGAGCGGUACAUGUACGACACGAGAGCGGGCCAGAAACGUGUUGGUGGCGGCGGCGCCCGUGGCGGCACGAAAACGGCAGCCGCAUCAAAAACAAAUAUCCCACGCGGCAGAAAAACCCACUUGGUCAAAACGAAAGAGUUGGCGGCGGACGGCCUAGGGCACGGCAGAGGGGAAACCACUUCAUCUGCCUCCGAAUCCGGCCGCGAAAAAUUGCACCCUGAAAGACCCUUGGCGGGGGCUUGUGACGAACUCGGAAGCGGAACCGACGAUGCCGAGGCUGUCACGAGCAUGUCAUCCUCCUACUCGACGGACGCGAACAGCACCCCUACGACGGCACCGAGCCCACCUUUGCCGUCGUCGCGGCCGCCGUCUCCGCGAGGCGAACCGGGGGCGUCGUCGUCCGACACAGAUCUCCUGCGGAGCAGGUACGACCGAGAGCUGCUGGCGGUCCUGGCGGAAGAGCAGGCGGCGGAGGACGAUCGGGAGAAAGCACUCGCGGCAGCCGUUGCCCGAGCCAAGGCCGCUCAAGCGAGAGCGGGGUACAUCGGGAGGAAGGUCAAGCGCGGCCGUUGUCCUGAAGGUCAAGGGGUUUCGCCGAUGUCUGGAGGAGAACCCGAUGGCGUUGUGGCUACGACGGCAAGGCUAGCGAUCGCCGCAGCACCGGUAGAGGGGGGCGGUGGUGGAGCUGUUCGCGGAGUCGAGCAGGAUCGCAGGGAGGAGGAAGCCGCGGUGGCGACGAGAGAGGCGAUCCGCCUAGAGAAAGAGCUAGCGACGGAGAGGAGAGAGGCCAGCGAGCGGGUGCUCAGGGUGUCCGACGCAUACGAGGAGGCCAUUCGAAAACUCUCUUGCGAUCGUCAGUCUUCUCCUCCUUCGCUCGCCAUCUCAAGACGCGACGCUGACCGCGACACGCAAUAA